AAUUUAUAAAAAAAUGGAUCCUUAAUAGACCAAUCAAUAAGAGAAUAAGAAUAAUGCUCAAAAUGAUUAACCACAAGUUCAAAAAUAGUAAGAGUAAGUGAAAUUAAUUCAAAAGGAAAAAGAGAAAUGCUUAGAAAUAAAAAACAAGGCAGGGACAUUUUUUAAUGAAUCAAAAUUUGAAGAAGCUUCUGAUUUAUAUAAAGAAGCUCUUGAUUAUUGUCCUUUGGAUGACCUAUAAAUGCUAUGCAUAUUAAACUCAAAUAUAGCUAUCUGCUAUAUGAAGUAACAAGAUUAUGAUAGUGCCAUUGAUUAUUGCACAAAAGCACUUAAAUUUAACCCUGAAUUUAUUAAGGCUUUAAUAAAUAGAGCAGAAAGUUAUGAGAAACUAGAUAAAUUCGAAGAUGCAUUAGAAGGUAUUAGUUUAAAGAAUAUUCUAGAUUACAAGAAAUUGAAGGUAUUAUAACCUUAGGAUAAGGUGAUAAUAAAAAAGUUCAUUGAUUUAGAUCUAAAAGUACAGGAGUUGGACGAAAAAAGAAACUUUGAGGCAGUGAAGGCACUGAAGAAUAGGGGAAAUUAAUCAGUAUUAGGAAAAUUAGGAUUAAAUGAAGAAAAUUUUAAAUUGGAAAAGAAUGAAAAUGGAACAUAUAAUAUAUCAUAUAAAUCAUGAUAUCGAC